AUGGAGGGCCGCCAAAGCACAGGAAGCCCACUUUCACCGCUCGCCUCGCACUACGAGAUAGACGAUUGGGUGUGGCACAAAGACGACAGGGAGGGCUACCGCCGUUCUCGUGUCCUGAGUGUGGACAACUUUCGGGACUCCAUCAUCGUGGCUGCUGAUGGCCCGAGCGGUGCAUCUCAGGCCGUUCGCAAGAGCGAUGUCCGCCCCUUCUACGAUGUGGGCGAGGAGCGAACUUUCCAGGACUGCACGGAGAUGGUGCACUUGGACGAUGCAAACAUCUUGGACAACUUGCGCAAGAGGUACUCCAAAGACGAGAUCUACACCUACACGGCAAACGUCCUACUCGCGGUGAACCCUUACAAGAGCGUUCGUCGCCUCUAUUCUCGCGAGGAGAUGGAGAAGUACUGGGGCAAAAACCCAGGCACCCUCCCGCCCCAUCCAUAUGCCAUUGCGGACGUGGCAUAUCGACGCAUGCAGCGGCAUCGCAAGAACCAGGCUUUGGUGAUCAGCGGUGAGAGCGGUGCGGGAAAGACGGAGACAGCCAAGAUCACGAUGCACUACCUCACCUCCAUGUCCAGGACUGAUGUGGAGCAUGGAAACAAGAUCCAAGAGAAGAUUGUCAAGGCGAACCCCAUCUUGGAAUCGUUCGGCAACGCCUCCACGGUGAUGAACAUGAAUUCUUCUCGCUUUGGAAAGUACAACGAAAUGAUGUUCGACCGAGUCGGUUCACUGGUGGGUGCGGGGAUCAAGACCUUCCUCUUGGAAAGUUCUCGUGUUGUCUUUCAACAGCAUGGCGAAAAGAAUUACCACGUCUUCUACGAGCUGCUGGCUGGCAUGGAUGAGGAGUACUUGGACAAGCUGAUGCUCGACCGCGAAGAGAGCUACAAGCUGCUACACUCCAGUGGAACACCUCCUUUGCAAGAAGGCUCGCCUGAGACACAGCGACUGGCUAAGCAGUUCGAGGAGCUCAAGUAUGCGCUGUCUCUCUUUAUCAGUGAGGAGGAGCAGGAGCACAUGUGGGACAUCCUCGGGGCAUUGAUCCACUUGGGAGAGGUGGACUUCGUGGAGACGGGACCUUCCGAAGAUGACUGCUCAGUACCCGAUUCGUCGCCAUGCAUUUCACCGAGCUCCCACACGGCCUCCACGGCGAUGUCGGACCUGCCACUUCCGGACAGCAGCCAGACCGCAAAAGUCGCCGUCUCCCAAGAGACGGAAGAGGCGCUUGAGACGGCCGCGGACCUUCUGGGCCUCACCGGGCUUGGCAUCUCCCGCAUCCUUAAGUUCCGUGAAAUGCGCGUCAACAAACAAGGACGCACAUCGCACAUCAAGUGCCCCCGCAGCCUUGCACAAGCACGCCAGACGCUCCAGUGCAUCAUCAAGGUGCUGUACAAGCGCAUGUUUGACAAGAUAGUGGCAAAGAUCAACGAAGUCUCCAACGCGAAGUUUCAUCCGGAGGUCUCGUACAACAGCAUUGGGACCCUGGACAUCUACGGAUUCGAGCGGCUGGAGCUCAACAGCUUCGAACAGAUGUGCAUCAACCUGGCGAACGAACGCUUGCAGCAGUUCUUCGUGGAGGAGGUCCUCCAGGCGGAGCAGCGGAUGUACGAGGAGGAGCGGCUUACGGUACUCGAGAUGGACCUGCCAGACUCCACUCCCGUGGUUCUGGGCGUCCAGAAUGUCAUGAAGCUGCUGGACGAGCACAGCCUGCGGGCCAUCAAGAAUCUGGUGCGCACGGGUCCGAAGGACGACAAGGAUGCCAAGUUCUGCGAACAGGUUCACCGCGAACUGAUCCGUGAUCGCCAGUGUGGACCGGUGCUGCCACUGAAGCUGAAGGCCAGCCGCUCCGGAGCAGGACCUGGACUUCAUGACGGCUUUCAGAUUUGCCACUACGCUGGACCCGUGUCCUACUCUACAAAGGGCUGGAUCGACAAGAACAAUGACUCCCUCGUUCCAGAGAUCGAGUCUCUGCUUGCAGACGGCAGCAAGGAGCUCGUCACAAGCAUGGCCGACACAAGCCGGCUGUCGGCCGCCUACACUGGCGAGCGCUUGUGCUCCGUCAGCAGUACGUACUUGAGCAACCUCAACGACUUGCUCGCCACCCUCAAGAUGUGCUCCGUGCACUACAUCCGCUGCUUCAACCCCAACCAGGAGCGAAAGCCGGGGCUCUUCAACCGGAAGUAUGUCCUGGACCAGGUGAUUCAGUGCGGCACUGUCGAACUGGUGCGAAUCAUGCACUACGGCUAUCCCCACCGCUGCAUCCUCCGGGACUUGCGGGCACGUUUCGAGAAGCUCUUGCCGCCUGAGUUUGCCCACUACUCGGACCGAAACUUCAUGCAUGCAGUGAUGCUUGCCUGGGACAUUGAUGAGAGCCAGUGGACCCUGGGGACAACACGCCUCUUUCUCAAGGCCGGGCAGCUACGAGCCCUCGAGGACCUGCGCGACACCGGUGGUCAGGCAUCGCAAGCGGUCAUUCGGCGCAUCCGCAAGCAAUUCUCGCUGAAGAAGGCCCGUGCCUAUGCGCACGCGGUGGAGUUCAGCACCUACCUGUACAAGGUGAUGAAGGUGGGGAAGCGCGAGAAGAACCUGGCGAACUUGCGCAAGGCCAUCCGCAUAAUGGUGCAGCUCAACCGCUGGAAGAAUCGCGCACUUCGAAAAGAUGUGGACGAGAACGAUUCCCUGUUCAGCCGUCCUUUGGGCAUCCCUUUCGAGACAAUGGCAUUGGAAGUCUGCAACAGGCGUUCCCCGCAACUCUUCCUCACUAUGGCUGGCUUGGACAUGCCGAAAUGCCCGGCGCCGAAGCCCGGAGCGGAGGGGCUCUCCAACGAGGAGUACGAGCGCCUGUGGCAGAAGGAUGCGAAGGAAAGUGUGCUUUAUUUCCACGACGGAGUGCUGAAGUGUGCCAAGCUUUGCGGCGGCGCCUUCCUCGGCAAUUCGGCCGAGGCGGCACUCUGCGACGUCCGCCGAGUGGAUUGCUGCGACACCGGCACGGCCAUCCCGGUCUCCCGAAGCCCCGAGUUCAAGCGAAUUGUUUGCAUGUGCCAGCAUCCGGAAAACACCCGACUUUUCGCACACUGCGAGCUCACUGGCAAUGAGCACACUAUCAUGAUCUGGAAGUGGGCUGGGACCAGCUCAGACCUUCGGCGGCCCGCGGUGCUGGCGGAGGUCUGCUUCUCUCCGCCGCGCAAGUGCCAGAUCUACCAGCUCUGCUUCCUUCCGCAUGUGGGACAGCCUGGCGAGCACGUGCUGGCAGUGCUGGGCAGAAUGAGGGACUGCCCCUGGCUGAUGAUCAGCAUUUAUUCCGUUUCCCGGGAUAACCGGAUGCGCCUGCACAGCAUCAAGAAGGUUUUCGUGAACCUCCUGGAUAGCACCCUCAGAAGGGAAGGUGCCUGCAUUUCGCACUUCGGCAUCGCACAUUCUGGGCGUACCCUCAUCCUGGCUGGCAACCGGCUCCUGCAGCUCUUCUCCAUCAAGGCAGGGACGAAGAACAUCGAGCUGUGUGACCUGGAAGGGGCCGUGGACUGCGAGUCGCACAUCCUGAAUCGCGAUUCGGCUGCCUCUGAUCCGACUACGGUGACGGCUGUGUGCCCAUUGCCUAUGGAGCCGGGAACCCAAAGUCGACUUCUGGACUGGAUCUGGCUGGGCCUAAGCAAUGGAGAAAUGUUCGGCAUUCUGGUUGAGGAGCAUGCGCAAGAGAAGUUCUCCGUGCACAAAUCUUCGGGGCGCUUCAAGCGGAACACGCACUGCCAGGGAGUGCCCAUCUACGCCAUCAUGUCGGUGAGUCAGCCCUCGGCGGCUUCCGCCCAAAGCAUCUACUACAGCCUCACUAUGCGACGACGGGACAUGUGCCCCAACACCGUCCUCUCGAUCGGUGCUGAUGGGAAGCUUCUGCGCACGGAGCGCUGCACGCAAACGCACCAGUGGGUCCCUUCCGGCGAGUGGUCGCUCCCCGUCCCGGGCAAAGGCUUUGCAGCGGCCUCUUCGGCUUUGUUACCCUCGCUGCUGCUCUUGGCGGACGAGGCGUCUCAGUGCAUGAUGGUGGUUGAUGAGCGGAAUCCCUCCCAGAUUUCUGAUGCGUGCACAUGCUCUCUGGCAUAG